GCCAUGACCACUCAAGCAGCGUCACCGACGAUUGCGCUCAUUGAGCAUGCGGAUAAGAUAUCUCAAGGAGCCGAAGCCAAAAUCUAUCGAGUGCAGCUGCAUCCAGCGGGGAGCGCGGAUGAGGCCUCGCCGAUUGCCACAGAACACGUCCUGCUAAAACACAGGUUUCAUAAGCAGUAUCGGCAUCCGACUCUGGACGCAUCUCUGACAAAGUCCCGCGUUGCGGGCGAAGCGCGCGCGCUUCUCAAAUGCGUCAGAACUGGUGUAAAUGUGCCGGGUAUCCGUAUGGUUGAUGCACCCGAAGGCGUCCUCGGUAUCGAAUGGAUCGAUGGCAAGAGCGUUCGCUUCCUCCUUGGAGGAGGCGCAGAGGGUGAGGAAGAGGGCGAAGAAGACGACGAAUCCGCUGAAGAUACCGUCGAAACGGAGGAGGAGCCUUUAAAAGAGUUCAACAUAUCACAAGAUUCCGUCAUGGAGUUGAUCGGGACAGAGAUCGCCAAAAUGCACCAGGCGGAUGUCAUCCACGGAGACCUCACGACAUCGAAUAUGAUGCUCCGGCAUCCGUCAUCGCAAAAAGGCCUACAACUGGUCCUUAUUGACUUCGGGCUAGCGUUUACGUCGACGCUGGUCGAGGACAAGGCCGUCGAUCUCUACGUCCUCGAGCGCGCAUUUGCGUCAACGCAUCCACAGUCGGAGCCGCUCUUCGCUGGCGUGCUGAAGGCAUACGAGAAGAAGAUGGGCAAGGAUUGGUCGGCGAUCUCGCGUAGGCUCGACGAUGUGAGACUGCGUGGCCGUAAACGGAGCAUGGUGGGCUAGAUCAUGCGGGUCCGACUUGAAAGGAUGUACGAGUGGAGAAGAAGCCAAGAAACAGAACUCGAUGAUACUGUAUCGUUGCCCGUAAUUGGUUAUCAACCCAUCAUUUGGACAGCACUGUAACUACAUAUAUGCGGCAUCGUUCCUGUCGCAUGAUUUUACGGC